AUGUCUGAUCCAAGCGCCGAACUCCAAUCUGCUCUCCGCACCCUGUCCAUAGGUGAAAAGGGCCCAGUGCCAGACGUUCCCCGACCAGACGUGAAAAAACUCUCAACAGCAGGCGUUACUCCAACUCCCAAGUCCAACCCAAAAAUAUCCCGCAAGCCCAUUGCAGAUUCCUGGGAAGACGAAGCAGACCUCUCCGCCCCGGAAGGCGAGGAUGCCCUGCCCCACGAAGACACUACCCCAGUGCUCUCGCCAACCAUUAGUGCCGAGGGACCGCUAGAUCCCCCGCCAACGCCUAUCUCCCCACAGACCUCCGCCCCGUGGAUGGCUAGAUCUGCCUCUUCGGCUUCGGCGCAGGGCCCUCCUACCCGUCGCCCGGAGAAGCAGACUGCUGUUGCGGAGCGGAUGAUUGCUGGUGCGUUGGGGAUCCGAGCCCCGAAGCGGACUGAGCAACAGCGCGCCUAUGAUCGCUCCGUUAAAGAGCAGGAAAUCCGGAGGCGGAACCGCGAGCGCGAGGAGAAGGCUAAAGCUAAAGAGGAGGAGGAGAAAAUGAAGGCUGCUAUUUGGAGUAGUUAG